AGUAAUGGUCACUUGAUUUUAAUAUCAUAACCAGUCACACAAGAAUGGCGUUUGCUGGCAGAGUUGUACUCUUCACUAUCCCUGGAUGUAAGUUCUGUAGACAAGCAAAGACACUGCUAGGAGACUACCACGUCCCUUACUUUGACGUGGACCUCUCCAAGUAUCCCGAGAGACGCUACGAGAUGAAAGAAAGGACUGGCAGGAGCUCCGUCCCUCAAAUAUUCUUCAACAACAGGCACAUUGGAGGCUGGGAUGACAUUAAAGCACUGCAUGAUGAAGAUAAGUUGGUACUGUUGAUAGAAGAGACAGCAGAAGAAGAACCACCUCCGGACGCUCCUCUUCCUCCCCCAGAGAUUGACUCACCUCCGGAAGAAGAUGGCGAAGUUGUUUUGCUACCUAGCCAAAGAGAUUCAGCUGGCGGUAAAAGAGACUGCACUCCUGAUGAACUAGCUGCUUUAUGUAAAGAGAUACAAGACAGUUCUUUGGUUAAAACACACACUUAUCAUCUCAUCAGUUAUAAAAACAGUUUUGUUGGCCGUGAACUUGUUGAGUGGCUCAUGCAUAGGAAAUCAAUGCGUAGAGAAGAAGCACUGUCUUUGGGUAAAGACCUCAUGAAGCGACACUUCAUUCACCACGUGACUUACGAACAUGAUUUUGAGGAUGAGUACUUAUUCUAUAGAAUGUUGGACGACGUGAAGACAAGAUCCCUCAAUGCAGCUCUCUCUAGCCAUUGCCUACCAAGAAAAGCUGUUGAUAUUGCUGAUGAUCUCCGCAAGCUGAUUCUUGAGAUAUACGACGAACACCUUUCACCAGAUGGAUUCGCUGUAGACUACAAGGGUAUCAGUACCAGCCCAAAAUUCGAAGAAUAUGUGCGAGCAACAGCCGAACUGAAGCGUGCUGAUAUAGUCAAUUUAUGGAGACAAGAGAAACUGGCUUUGUUCAUUAAUGUUUACAACGCACUAGUGAUACAUGCCUUCGUAGUACAAGGACCUCCAACCAGCACAUUUAGAAGAUUAAUGUUUUUUAAUAAGACCAGUUACGUUAUCGGAGGUCAAGAGUUUUCACUCAACGACAUUGAGAGUGGUAUUCUCCGUGCAAACAGACGUCCUGUCGCUACCUUCAAGAGACCUUUCUCCCGCCAUGACCCCAGACUGCCUAUAGCACUUGACGAAGUUGAGCCAAGAAUUCAUUUUGCUCUUGUGUGUGGAGCUAAAAGUUGCCCUCCUAUAAAGACCUACACUGCUGCGAAUAUUGAUGAAGAGCUGAAAUUUUCUACCGAAGCAUUUCUUGAGUCUGAUAACGUGAUGGUUGAUUUGACCAGGAGAGAGGUUACUCUUAGUAUGAUCUUGAAAUGGUAUAAAGUCGACUUUGGUUCAAACAAUCAACAAGUUCUUGAGUGGAUUUAUGCUCACAUGCCUGAUAGCGAAAAGAGGCGGAGCCUCAAGUCGUUAAUCGAUUCCGGAAAUUAUCGUAUGAAGUAUUUCAAAUAUAAUUGGGAUGUCAACUCAUCUUAAGUAACAGUUUUGCUCCUUCAGUUAAACGAUAAUUGUAACAAUGCUAAUAAUCAUUAUAAUUUUUAUCUCAUAAAAGUAACUAAUAUUUAAUUAUUGUUUUUGAUCAAGAGUUUUACAAAAA